GCGAACGGGCGCGAGGCCGGGCGGGGGAGGGGAGAACGGUUGGGCCAAGCCCCGCCCCAGCUCGCGCCCCCAUUGGCCGGCACCGCGGUUCUGGGCCCGCCCCCUAACGGACCUGUCGCAUUGUGACAGGCGUAGGGGCCAGUUCCUGUUGGGUCAGGGGCGGAGUCAGAGGUAGCCUGAGCUCCGCCCGGACUCCGGGGGACUCCUCCUCCUGCUGCUCACGGCGGGGCGGGCGGCGGGUGUGGGGGGAAUGUCAUUGCUGCUCCGAGCCGUGGUGCCGCCUCCGUCUGUUCCUGCUCUUUCUCUGGCGCCCUCGUCCCGUCGGCUUUCGCCGCUGCCGCAACUGCACUGGGAAGACGGAUGGCUAGAGGGGCGCAGGGGCCUUCCGAGUUGAGAGAGCGGCGGUCGCGGCUGCUGCUGAGGCGGAGACUCCCCGCCGCCGCCUCCACCCCCUGUCCCCCGGCCUCGCGGCGCUAAGGGCGGGCGCGCGCGGCUCUCUUCCCUCCUCCUCCUCUUUCUUCCUCCUCCUCCUCCUCCUCCUUCUCCGGGUCCCCGCCCAGCACCCCUCGGACCAGGCGGCGGCGGCGGCGCGGAGCGAGACCCGCCGCCGGGGCACAACAUGGCGGAGCCCUCGGCCCCGGAGAGCAAGCACAAGUCGUCCCUCAACUCAUCCCCGUGGAGCGGCCUUAUGGCCCUGGGGAACAGCCGGCACGGCCACCAUGGGCCCGGGGCCCAGUGCGCGCACAAGGCGGCGGGCGGCGCGGCGCCGAAGCCGGCCCCCGCGGGGCUGUCCGGGGGGCUGUCGCAGCCGGCCGGCUGGCAGUCGCUGCUCUCUUUCACCAUCCUCUUCCUGGCCUGGCUCGCCGGCUUCAGCUCGCGCCUCUUCGCCGUCAUCCGCUUCGAAAGCAUCAUCCACGAGUUCGACCCGUGGUUUAAUUAUAGAUCAACACAUCAUCUUGCAUCUCAUGGGUUCUAUGAAUUUUUAAAUUGGUUUGAUGAAAGAGCAUGGUAUCCACUAGGAAGAAUAGUCGGUGGUACUGUUUACCCAGGGUUGAUGAUAACAGCUGGCCUUAUCCAUUGGAUUUUAAAUACACUGAACAUAACAGUUCACAUAAGAGAUGUAUGUGUGUUCCUUGCACCAACUUUUAGCGGCCUUACAUCUAUAUCUACUUUCCUGCUUACCAGAGAACUUUGGAACCAAGGAGCAGGACUUUUAGCUGCUUGUUUUAUUGCUAUUGUACCAGGUUACAUUUCUCGGUCAGUAGCUGGAUCCUUUGAUAAUGAAGGCAUUGCUAUUUUUGCACUUCAGUUCACAUAUUACUUGUGGGUAAAAUCUGUAAAAACUGGGUCAGUUUUUUGGACGAUGUGCUGCUGCUUGUCAUAUUUCUAUAUGGUCUCUGCUUGGGGUGGUUAUGUGUUUAUUAUCAACCUUAUUCCACUGCAUGUAUUUGUGUUGUUACUAAUGCAGAGAUACAGCAAAAGAGUCUACAUAGCAUAUAGCACUUUCUAUAUUGUGGGCUUAAUAUUAUCCAUGCAGAUACCCUUUGUGGGAUUCCAGCCAAUCAGAACAAGUGAACACAUGGCAGCUGCAGGUGUCUUUGCAUUGCUGCAAGCUUAUGCUUUCUUGCAGUAUCUGAGAGACCGAUUAACAAAACAAGAGUUCCAGACCCUGUUCUUUUUGGGUGUAUCACUAGCUGCAGGUGCUGUGUUCCUUAGUGUCAUCUAUUUGACUUAUACAGGUUACAUUGCACCAUGGAGUGGCAGGUUUUACUCAUUGUGGGAUACUGGGUAUGCAAAAAUACACAUUCCAAUUAUUGCAUCAGUGUCUGAGCAUCAACCUACAACUUGGGUAUCUUUCUUCUUUGAUCUACAUAUUCUUGUGUGUACCUUCCCAGCAGGCCUAUGGUUCUGCAUUAAAAAUAUCAACGAUGAAAGAGUAUUUGUUGCUCUGUAUGCCAUCAGUGCUGUCUACUUUGCUGGCGUGAUGGUGCGGCUGAUGUUGACCUUGACUCCAGUCGUCUGUAUGCUGUCUGCAAUUGCAUUCUCAAAUGUUUUUGAGCAUUAUUUGGGGGAUGACAUGAAAAGGGAAAACCCACCUGUGGAGGACAGCAGUGAUGAGGAUGACAAGAGAAACCCAGGAAAUUUGUAUGAUAAGGCAGGUAAAGUGAGGAAGCAUGUAACUGAACAAGAAAAAACUGAAGAGGGAUUAGGUCCCAAUAUAAAAAGCAUUGUUACCAUGUUGAUGCUGAUGCUGUUGAUGAUGUUUGCAGUCCACUGUACCUGGGUCACAAGCAACGCCUACUCCAGCCCAAGUGUGGUCCUGGCCUCUUACAAUCAUGACGGCACCAGGAAUAUCUUAGAUGAUUUUAGAGAAGCUUACUUUUGGCUGAGGCAAAAUACAGAUGAACAUGCCCGAGUGAUGUCUUGGUGGGAUUAUGGCUAUCAAAUAGCUGGGAUGGCUAAUAGAACUACUUUGGUGGAUAAUAACACCUGGAAUAACAGCCACAUAGCACUGGUGGGAAAAGCCAUGUCUUCAAAUGAAACAGCAGCCUAUAAAAUCAUGAGGAGUCUGGAUGUAGAUUAUGUUUUGGUUAUUUUUGGAGGGGUUAUUGGCUAUUCUGGUGAUGAUAUCAACAAAUUUCUCUGGAUGGUUAGGAUAGCUGAAGGGGAACAUCCAAAAGACAUUCGGGAAAGUGACUAUUUCACCCCACAAGGAGAAUUCCGUGUAGACAAAGCAGGAUCCCCUACUUUGUUGAAUUGCCUUAUGUAUAAAAUGUCAUACUACAGAUUUGGAGAAAUGCAGCUGGAUUUCCGUACACCCCCAGGUUUUGAUCGAACACGUAAUGCUGAGAUUGGAAACAAGGACAUUAAAUUCAAGCAUUUGGAGGAGGCCUUUACAUCAGAGCACUGGCUUGUAAGGAUAUAUAAAGUGAAAGCACCCGAUAACAGGGUGACACUAGACCACAAACCUCGAGUAACCAACAUUUUCCCAAAACAGAAGUAUUUGUCAAAGAAGACUGCGAAAAGGAAGCGUGGCUACAUUAAAAAUAAACUAGUUUUUAAGAAAGGCAAGAAAAUAUCUAAGAAGACUGUUUAAAUAUACUGUUCUGGUUCCUAACUUGAAGCAGAUGUCCUUGUGAGAACCGGUCUUUGCCUUCAGCUCAUGUCAUGUUUCACAGCGACGGAGGGUAUACAGAACCAUCACUGGAACCAUCACUGGUCCAGGUUAAUGUACAGAACUUUCUGGCACUGCCUGAUUUAAAAAAUAAAAUUGGCUUACUGAGAA